AUGGCGUAUACAGAAAAAGUGCUAAUAAGUGGCACGGCAUUAUCGUUUUUGUUUUAUGAAUGUAUAAACUCUACAAGUAGCCAGGAAGGGUUUCUUCUCGGUGAUAUAACUUCAGAAAUAACCAAUCACAUAUCAGAUUCACAAAGUGAGAAUGCUCGUCUAGAUACACAAAUUGUUAUCAGAACUGUGCUACCUUUGCCUUCAGUUUCCCUCUUUUAUUUUCCCACAGGCAGAAUUAAAGAGGAUGUGCUGUCUGAUUUACUUUCUAGUACUGCUAAUGAAGUAGUUGGUUGGUACAAAUAUAGAAAAAACACUAACAUCAAACCUACAUUUAGAGAUAAAUUAAUAUCGAAAGGUCUCCAAAAGUUCUUUGAAAAGUAUCAUGGCAAGAAAAAUUUUGUUACUUGUAAUUUGACAAACAAACCAUCUUCUACAGGAUCAACACAUACUUUCUUGUACAGGUUUGGUAAAAUUAAUUGCUUUGAUAUGUAUGAGUAUGUUGAAGAUGUUACAGCUAACUUAGGUGAAAAAUACACUGGUUAUAAAAAAGCGCACAGACUGUCCCCACACAGUACUUUCAGGAAAAUAGUGACAGAAAGUAAUGUGCAGAGUAAUGACACUAGUGAUGCAAUAUUGCAUAUACAGGAAGCAGUAGAUGCAAGACUUUCAAAAGAAGCAAAAAUUGCUGCCAAAAAUGAAAGUACAAUCAGGGAACUAGAGACAGAAAUCAAGGAAAUGGCUCACAUUUUGACUGAAAAGCACUCUGCUGAGCUACAUGCCACAUUUGAUAAAUAUAUAGCAGAGAAACAUGUAAAUAGGGAACUUGAAAUGGCCCAAGCAUGUUUGGAAGCAUUGAAGACACCUUUGAGAGUAGACAUCUUGAAUGUUUCUAAUGCUCUGAUCCCCUAUAAUAAUGCUGAAAUCCCAAAUUCAGUGCCGUUUGUAGAGGAAAAUAAAGAAACUAACCCAAGUCCUCCUUUAGUCUCUUCGAGUACUACUAAACCAAUUUUAAAUUAUGCUGCUGCAUUGAAAUCUAAAAAUGAAGUGGCAUCUACAAGUAAAGAUAACAACAUCUGUGAAGAUUUGAUAAUAUUUGAUGUUGAAGAUAAACAUACACAAAAGACUGUAAUUGUAAAUGAAGAUGUGAAGUACACUGACAGUUCACCAGAAUAUUAA